UGCCCACAAGUGCAAGACAUAUUUGAGCGCCCUUGAACUGGACCUGCCUCCGGUGGUACAUUCUGGCUCUAGCCAUUACCAAGUAAUGAGAGCAGCUGCUGAUGACGACGGCAAGAACAAACCCUCAGUUGUUGGCUCAAUGGUCGUGACCCCAAGUCCUGAUCUAAAUCAAAGUCUUUUCCAUGAUGUCCAAAAUUCGUGUCUCUUGGCGCAGCUUGCUGCUACUAAGAAAGUUCCAGACAGUGAGAAGGAUCUAGUCGCGUGGUACAAAGCCUACAAAGAGGUGCUGGAGAACAUUGGAUGGCGUAUAACUGACUUUGGAUUCAACAAGAGCGAGACGAGCUCGUCGAGUUUCACCGUCAAAAAGGCGAUCAUUGGCUUCUUGGAAACGCUUAUUCCAGGAGCAGAGCUCACAGGGAUCAAGACAGCUAUUGACGCUCUGUCUAAAGCAGCAAACGGAGAUACAUUGGAGGUAUUCAAAAAGACCAGCAAGAAAGAAGAACACGGAAAAUUCCAGGUUGGGACGGCCAAACCAUCCAAUGAUACGGUUACUUUUCAAGCCGGUGCUUUCUACUUCCCGAGUUCAAGCUCUUCAGGAACGGUAGCUUUCUUCUUUGACUGGAGUGUUUCCAACAUGCAGCUCUACCAAGCCGACCAGACGAUGGAUCUUAACCUAGAGAUCUAUAAAGAAGUACGAGACGACAUAAUCAAGAAGCUUGGUCCGCAUGCCAAGACCUACGUCAAGAACAUUGAGAUCUGAACAGCAUGUUAAGUGCUCUUUCGUGCCGAUCGCGUUGAUAGACGCAGUAAGGACACACUACGUUUAGCGUACGUUAUUGUCGAAAAAUUGCUUGUUGUCUGUAUUGCUUACGUUUGCUGAGAUGUGAGACGAGCGCAGCGUUUCAAUCAACAUGACUCUA